AUGACAUCAAAGACUCAUGGACCCCAUAGACGCAAUGACAAAUCGGAAUAUCAGGAAUGUACGUGUAAAAAGGAUAAGAGUUUGAACAGCGAAAUGUUUAACAAGUUUGAGAGUCGCAAGAGUUGUGUAGCUGGUUAUCAGUGUGACAAUAGUGAUUUUGAUUUUUGCAUUGCGGAACACAAAGAGUUGCCUGUGAUAAAAAUCUGUUCCGAUGAAGGAAGAGACGAUUGUCAACAAUUGAAACCAAAAGGGACUCAGGCUUCUUUUGGAACUACUGUGAUAACUGUAACAAUUUUUAUUAUUCCAAUUUUGUUUAGCAGAGUGACGGUUAAUGCGCUUGUUUUUGUAUUGCGUGUUGUGUUUUUUCAUCUAAUUGUGUAUAUUGUGACACGGUACAUGUACGAUGCUGUGCGUCGGGAUUUUGCACUAUCAGGAAGUUUUGUGUUAGAGUGUUUUGAUGGCAGCGAGGUGACGACAAUUAAGAGAAUGUAAUGAGCUAGUUGUACAGAAGGAAAAUUGUGUUGUGGAGGAAUUAAAAGAAGUUGAAUUGAGAUCUCGUCGUGGGAAAUAUAUUUAUAAGCCAAGUUCUUGUUAUAAUCGUAUCAACGACAAAUAUUCAUUUCCACAUAAUAAGUAACGUUACUUAGCCGUGUCAUCAUCACAAAGUUAAAUAAAGCUGUAUUUUAUGAAUCCUCAAUUAACCGGACAUUGUUGUUGGUAAUUCCGUGGACAUACUGUAGAUUCUCCCGGGGUGUCACAGAAAAUAGAAUAGGAGCAUUCAGCGAAAUAAAAGUGACAUUGGUAUUUUAUCCUAGGGCUGCUCCUCUUUCGCCGAAAGUGACACAGAAGAACUUCCACAGCUAUUCAAGAAUGAUGUUCAACUGCCCAUCAUAAAGGUAGACUUUGAAUCAGACUUGGAAGAGAUAGCAAAUCUUCUUAGGAAUCCACCAGAAGAUUACAUCUGCCAGAAAGCACCCGUAAAGUGCGAGGAGAAUGCCACUUUUCUUAUAGAUAGGAAGGCCCUAAGAAAUCCUAAUGACUGGAAAGCAGACGAUCUGGGCGCUCUUCACAACGUGGGGAAGGUAACAGUUGGAUAUUUCCAUGUUACAGCAUCUGCAGCUCGUUUCCUGUCGAAGAAGAAACCGUCCAGGGUGGAGGAUGAAAAUGUUGUGCCGCUAAAGAAAACGUACUGGACUCAUCAGCGCCACAAAGAUUUUAAGAGCCGAUGAUGAGGGGUAUGACUACAAGGGGUGCGGCUUCCACAUGUGCUUCUUUGCUACGAAUUCGAUAAUGAACCUCACCCUGUCACCACAGUAGCUCAUGGAAAUGUAAAGAAGAGUAACAGUUCGUACUAUGGGAGUCGUCCAAGUACAUUGCAGAGCAUCAAAGAGGAAGCAAAAGAACGAAAGGGGCCUUCCUCAAGUAUACGACGAAGUUUUUUGAGGACGCAGGAGGUUUGCUUGGAUUCCAAUCACACAGAGUUUUGCCAAGAAACAGACAACAGGUCAGUGAUGUUAAACGAAACGCGAAGCCGAAAAAAGUCAAAGAUGAAACGUCCGAGUUAAUCAAGAUGUCCAGGCUGGAAGCAAGCCAAUUGAAGCCUUUUAUAAGACUUGCCCAGGUCACCCCAGAGCCGUCCUGUAUUGUAGCAAGUGACGGACAGCUCAACGAUUUAGUACGAUUUUGUACAACAAAGUUCCUUCCAGCGUCAGUGCUGUGUAUAGACACAACAUUCAAUAUUGGUGAAUUCUUUGUUACCCCUACCACCUCGGAAAGGAACCUACAAUAUUGGGGCCGACUAUGAUCCACAUGCAAACAAAGGCAGAAAGUUACAAGUUUUUCGGUUCGUCGAUUGUCUCCCUCGAUGAUGCGCUAAGCAACAUUCUGGCGAUUGGCUCCGACAGGGACGUUGCACUGAGGAAAGGAUUUUCAUCUUGUUUCCCGAUCGCUAAACAGCUCUGCUGCAAAGGUCACCUGGAGCAGGAUAUCCGACGUAAGAUGACGAAGCUAUGACGAAGACCUAGGAAUCGGCUAGUUCCACGAGAAACUUUUUUUGGAAGAUAUAUUUGGUUCGGAGGCAAAAAAAGGAACUUGGCCUUGUUGAUGCUGUCAGUCGCGAUGAGUUUGAUGCUGUCCUUGAAUCGUUAUAUCCCGUAUGGACAAAGCGCGAAUUGGAGGUUAGGAAGUUAACCAAUGAGGAAAGUACCGAAUUUUUAGAGUUACUUUCUACACUACGUCGCAGAGGACAUGAAAAGCAUGAUGAUCGCCAGUGUAAGAAAGAAGACCGGGUUUGA